AUGAAUGUUCAGGAUAGAAGAAGAUUAUUAGGUCCACCCAAUGCCAGACCAGUAGCAUUUAGCAAAGUAUUGGAGGAGCCAACAGAAAUAUCUAAUGUGUCUAGUAAUGAUAAGGCUCUGCCAUAUAUGAAAAUGGGUUUGAUCACUAAUUGCAACGGUUCUUCAUAUAUAGAAAGUGGUGAUGACAAUCUCAUGCUAAUUACCUCCGUAUAUGGACCUAAACCCAUUAGAGGAUCCUUUACUUCAAAGGCAGUAUUAACAGUUCAUUUAGAAAACAGUAUUGCAACAGCUAACAAUAGUGAUGGUAGUACUGAUGAUGGCAAAAACUUUAAUACCUCUGAUGACUAUAAAGAUUUAAGUUUUUUUUUGAAAAAUAUAUUUGAUUCUGUUGUCCAAUUAGAUAAAUAUCCUAAAUCCGGGAUAGAUAUCUUUGUUAAAGUUGUAAAUACUGAUUCUGCUAAUACCUCAAAUAUACCUAAAUUGUUACAGAUGUGUUGCAACGGCAUAUUAUUAGGGUUGGUAGAUGCCAAUAUGGAGAUAUCUGAUUUGGUAGGGAUAGGCAUUAUAAGCCAUGAAUGCUGUGUAUCUUUUAUUAAAAAUGGCCUAGAGAUGUGUGGAUUUUGGAAAAUGAAAGAUGAAGAUGAACAAGACAUUGAAGAAAUUGUUGGUAAAUGUAAGGAAAACUAUUUAGAAAAUAAAUAUCUAAUAUCUAGCUAUUUAAACGGUGAUUAG